UCUGGCGCAGAAACUAUGUGAAGAUUUUGGUCGUCGCAUUGAAUUUUGCGAAAAUAUUGGAGCGAUGAAAAUCCUCAUUGGAUGUACGAGGCACAUACUCAGAAUCAGCAAAAAGUCAACGUAUGGGCUGGAAUUUUAAAUGAAGCCAUUAUUGUGCCUUUCUUUAUUGAAGAUAAUUUAAACGCUGACAAUUACUUAACCAUGUUUCAAGAUGAAAUAAUUCCAUUCCAGCAAAAUGGGACGUCACCUCACUACAGUUUACAAGUACGCCAAUAUCUGAAUGAAGUUUUUUCGAAUAGGUGGAUAGGAAGAAGGGGUUACAUUGAAUGGCCAGCACGAUCGCCUGAUCUAGAUCCACUCGACUAUUUUUUAUGA